AAAUCCUCAGCAAUGGAGCUCACUUCUUGGGCUGCUGUUUUAGCCAUGGCAUGGCUAGCUGCUUUGCUCUUUUUCUUCAAAAAUAACCCCCUUCGAUUCCACAAGCUAAAACUUCCACCAGGACCCAAACCUUGGCCUAUCAUAGGCAAUCUAAACUCUAUUGGUCCUCUCCCUCACCAAUCCUUUCAUAAAUUGUCUCAAAAGUUCGGGCCACUUAUGCAACUUAAGUUCGGGUCUGUCCCAGUAGUGGUUGCCUCAUCUGCCGAAAUGGCAAAGCAAUUCCUAAAAACACAUGAUCACAUCUUUGCAUGUAGACCCCAAACUGCUGCUGGGAAAUACACCACUUAUAACUACACCAAUAUCUCAUGGGCACCUUAUGGACCAUAUUUGCGCCAAGGGCGUAAGAUAUAUCUCUCUGAGCUAUUUAGCUCGAAACAACUAGAGUCCUUUGAGUAUAUUCGUGUCGAAGAAAGGCGUGCUCUUCUCUCACGCUUAUGUGCCUUGUCUGGGAAGCCGAUUAGGCUGAAAGAGCAUCUCUCGCGCCUUACAUUAAGCGUCAUAAGCAGAAUUGUAUUGGGCAAGAAGUAUUUCAGUGAGUCUGAAUACGAGUCUUCAAUAGUGACACUCAAAGAAUUUCAAGAUAUGUUAGACGAACUGUUCUUGCUAAAUGGGGUGUUGAACAUUGGGGACUGGAUACCAUGGCUCGAUUUCUUGGACUUGCAGGGAUACGUGAAGCGAAUGAAGGCUAUCACAAAAAAAUUUGAUCGAUUCCACGACCAUGUUAUUGGUGAACAUAAGGCAAAGAGAGAAAGCGUGAAAGAUUUUGUGCCAAAGGAUAUGGUGGAUUUAUUAUUAAAGCUUGCCGAUGAUCCUAAUAUUGAUGUUAAGCUCACUUAUGACAAUAUCAAAGCGCUCACUCAGGAUCUUGUAGCAGGAGGUACAGAUACCUCUGCAACUACUGUGGAAUGGGCUAUGUCUGAACUCAUGAAGCAACCACAUCUCAUCAGAAAGGCAACGGAAGAACUGGAUCGGAUUAUUGGAAGAGACAGAUGGGUAGAAGAGAAAGACAUCCCACAGCUUCCUUAUAUUGAUGCAAUUAUGAAAGAAACAAUGAGAAAACACCCUGUUGCCGUAUUGCUUGCACCACAUUUGGCUCUUCAAGACUGCAAUGUAGCUGGUUAUGACAUUCGCAAAGGAACAACAAUAUUCAUAAACACUUGGAGUAUAGGAAGGGAUCCAUCAAUAUGGGAUGCACCAGAAGAGUUCCGCCCAGAGAGAUUUUUGGGUAAGGCUAUUGAUGUGAAGGGACAAAAUUUUGAGCUAUUGCCGUUUGGUUCAGGGAGGAGGAUGUGCCCUGGGUAUAGCCUUGGACUAAAGAUGAUUAGCUCCAGCUUGGCUAAUAUGUUGCAUGGAUUUGAGUGGAAAUUGCCAGACAAUAUGAAGCCAGAAGAUUUGAACAUGGAGGAAAUUUAUGGCUUGGCUACGCCUAGAAAAUUUCCACUUGUUGCAGUCAUGAAGCCACGACUCCCGCUUCAUCUUUAUUAGUUAUGACAAAAAUCGAUCUCGUAUGUUGUAUUUUCUUAUAUUUUGUACCAGUUUCCUAUUAUGUGUAUCCUUAUUGCCGUACUUGGUUGUGUUGUAACCAAUAAUCAUGUGCCAUGACUCUGCCUUAAUUGAAAAUAAAAUUGCAACUUCGUUGUUUAAAUGAU